AGAUCAUUAUAGAGGCAAGAUGAUAAAACUAUUGAUAUAAUAUACUUCCAUAUUAUUAGUAUACAUAUAUAGGACCUUUACAGCAUAGUAUUUGCAAAACCUACAUGUUGAUAGAUCAGAACUGUUCAAUUCCAGGGGUUAAAAGUAAUUCAAAAUUUGAAUUAUGGCUAACUAAGAAUGAUAGGAUUAGUAGUAGAAAUGUGGUGGUUAAGGAAAGUUGUCUUGGAGGUAUAGGAUUGUUUUAUAAGCAAGGUGAGCUGAAUAACGAUGAAGAUAUCGGUGAAAGAGUUAUACUUCGUAUCAAAGGAUUUUGGUAUGAUUAUAUGACUCUUAUGAAAGAUCUUGAAAAAUUGCAGCCAGAAAAUUCUAAAAUUGUUAAACUUGUAUUAAAGGCAAUUGAACCAACUUCUGAGACAUCUAUUCUCAAAUCUUAUUUCAUUGCCUUUAAGAUAUGUAUGACACUUAACAAAACUGUAAAGGAUUUAUAUCUUGAUGAUAUUAUUCCUUAUGUAGAUGUUUUAUCAAACACGUCUAUUGGUAAGUUUGAUAUUGAUAUAGGGAACAUCUCUCAAUCUAAAGGAUUUGAAUCAGGAUAUUUAUUAGAAUCUAAACUUAAAUAUGAAAUGGAAUUUGAAAAAUAUCAGCAACUUUUAAAGGAAUUGGGAAAUGAAUUAGAUAAACCAUUUGAAUAUUUACAAAAUGAAGUUUUUGAUUUUACAACUUUUUACCAAAUUGGUGCUGCAGUUAGAUCAAGAGUUUUAGAAAUUCCAUAUGAAGAUGAAGAAGAAGAUAAAAAUGAUUCAAAAUCUUCUACUUAUUAUACUAACAUUACUCUUGUACCAUUUUUAGAUUUUGCUAAUCAUUCAAAUGUUAAGCAAAUGAAUGCAUUUUUUGAUGUUGAUAGGAAUAAUGGAGAUAUAUUAUUAAAACUAGAUUCAGAUGAAUUGAAAGAUGGAGAAGAAAUUACCAUUUGUUAUUCUCCUGAUGAAAACAUUCAAUCAAUGAUUACUACAUAUGGAUUUAUCCCCCAAAACUAUCAUGAUUCCACUCAAACAUUUGAAAUUAAGAUUUCACAUGAAUGGUUAAAUCAAUAUAUUGAUCAAUUACAUGGAACAAAGAAUAUUGAAUAUUCACUGAUCUGUAAAUGGUUAGAUAUAAGUGUCAACUUCAAAAUGAUGAUUACUGGUGAUGAUGUAGUAGUAACAUAUCAAUCAGAAACUUUACCAAUAAUAUUUGCCAAAAACUUGGAAUAUGAUCUAAAUUGGAAAAAUAAAUUAUUUGAAGUUAAGGAUGGGCCAUUUAGUUCAAUUGUUGAAGUUGAAGAACAAUUAGAAAUUGUACAUCUUAUUGAAAAUCUGAAAUUAAUAUCUGAUUAUUUUCCUGGAUUACCACCAAUUGCCGUGUUAGUGAAAGGUAAAUCAUAUUCUUACAAUGAUCUUUUCGAGGCUUUAGGUAUAGAAACAGAGGAUAACUUAUACAAUUUAAAGAGAUUAGUACUGGAAAUGAUCCAUCAAUAUUGUUUAGAAUGCAUUACAAAUGAUAAUAAUGAAUUAAUGAAAAACUUGUCAUUACAAAAUAAUAAUGAUGUUAAUUUACAAUUUCAAUAUAUUCAAACUGAGAUAAAUAUACUUGAAAAAUUUGAAAAAGCAUACGAAAGAAACCCUGAACUGGUCAUCCCAAUCUACGAAGAAGUCUGACAAAUAUUUAUACAAAUAGACUUUUGAAACUAGUCAUUCAAUUCAUAAAGAAGUCAUGAAGUAGUGGUAGUAAUAGUAUAUUCAACCGA